AUGAAGAGAGUGAAUCCUUGGCAAGUUGAAAUCGUUUCGAAUUCAAGUCAGCUUUAUGCUACUCUCCCUUCAGCGAAGAGGGUGAAGUCUGAUCCCUAUAGCGGGAGAGGGUUAUUGAAUGGAGAAGGAGAAAUGCUCUAUUCUGGAAGAAGACAACAAGCUGUGGAUCCAACUAGUCCCUAUUUUUUCUCGUAUACUACAUUUCCUGCGGGCAUGCAGGGAGCCAGGCAUUAUGAAUUUGGGUCUUUUAACUCAACCCAAUUCAUCAGAGAAAACUCUCCACAGUUAUGCACUAAUAACUUCUUUAGUCCACUACCUGGGCUGAGAAAAGUCGAGACUGAGAUGAUGAAAUAUGGCAGCCCUCCAUCAGAUGACUUGUCGCCUAAUAGCAAUACCACUAAUGUAUCCUCUGGAAAUGAACCAGUUGGGAACCGAGGCCACACUUUAAGAGCUAUUCAGCUGUUUGGCAAGAUUAUUGUGCAGGAGGUUUCUGAGAGCGGUCUUGCUGAGGGCUUGUAUGAGGAGGAUGGAAGCAAAGAGUCCAGUGACAAUGAAGCUGUGAAGGAGACACAAUUGACCUUGACAUAUGCUCAAGGCAUGUGA